CUAUCAAGUGACUCUCUAGCCUAAAACGCUCUCUGUCGCUGUCAACUCUCUCUCAGUCAAUCAUGCCUUCGAACACCGCUGCCAGCAUGUUUGGUGGAGCAGGGGGAAGGGGUUCUCGGGUGUCCGUGGCCAGCCUGGAGGGGCUGCGUAACGUGCUGCGCAACGAGACGGACAGAGACUCCGCUCCCGCCGCUCCAGCGACACCUGCGGCUGCCGCUCCGGCCGCUCCGGCCGCGCCUGCCGCCCCCGCGGACGACAAGCAGACACUUCGGGGUCUGAACGGCCGGCUGUCCGGCUACGUGGGCCGGGUGAGACAGCUGGAGAAGGAAAACGGCGAUCUGGAGAAACAGAUCGAUGACAUUUUGGCCAAGAGGAAAACACCCGAGGGGCGCGACUGGGAUGAGGUGGAAAAACCCCUGGAUAACCUCAAGCAGAAGAUCAAAGACAUCACCAAGGACAACGCCAAGCUGCUGCUCCAGAUUGACAACACCAAACUGGCUAAUGAUGACUUUAAGAACAAGCUGGACGAUGAGAAAAAGGCACAGAGGGAAUUAGAAAAAGACCUGGAGGAUCUGAAGAAGACCGCUGAGGAUUCCAAGCUGAACCGCAUGCAGACACAGAAAGAGAUCGACCUGGUGAAGGAGGAGCUCGCUCGCCUCGAGCAGGAACACAAAGAGGAGGUGGAUGUCCUGCGUGAGAAGAUCAAGGACUCGGAGGUGACCGUGGAGAUUGAGUCUCAGAACUCUAACCUGGCUGAGAUUAUCGACAAGAUCCGCUCCCAGUACGACAACCUCGCCAGGAAGAACCUGAAGGACGCCGAGGAGUGGUACCAGAGCAAGUUUAAAAACAUCGAGGUGGUGGAGGCCCAAAACAACGAAGACUUGCACACUGGAAAGUCCCAGCUCAAGGAUCUGCUCAAACAGCGACAAUCUCUGGAUAUUAAGAGCCAGAGUUUGCACAGCAAGAUCCACAAUCUGGAGGAGGCCCUGAGGAGCACCAAUGUGGAGUACGCUCAGCGUCUGUCCCCCCUCAACCAGCUGAUCCUGAACCUGCAGGCGGAGCUGAAGGAAGUGAGGGCGCAGGUGGAGCGCCACGUGGAAAACAACAAGGAUCUGCUGUGCGUGAAGAUGAAGCUGGAGGCGGAAAUCAAUAACUACCAGCAACUGAUGCAAGACAUGACCGCCGAUACCGAAAGCUCGGAGUUUUCUAUAGAAGAAGCGCUGGACAGCGACCAGCAAAAGCCUGAGGACAAGGUGCCCAAGCAGCAGUAAGAAGUGAAAGAAGAAGCCCUUGUGAAGCAAGAAAGCUCCCCGUCUAACAAAUCCACUCCCCCCCCCCAAAGCCCCUGAAGCAUAUAUAUAUAUAUAUAUAUAUAUAUAUAUAUAAUCCCCCUAAAGUGGUGGAAGGAGAUGUCAUGAAGGAUGAGAAGGUUGCUGUCAACAAUGCAGCAGCUCCAGUCACGCCAAGCAGAAAGAAAAAUAAGAAGGGUUCAUCCUCUUCUUCUCCUUCGUCCUCCUCUUCCAAGAAUAAAGAUGAAAAGCCUAUGAAAGAGGGUGAAGUGGCCAAAGCCUGUUCUUAAAUUGCUUUUUUUUCUGUCACUCAGCCAAGUAUCAUGUGAAACUGUUCCCUACUGUUGCUGCCAAACCUGUAGAAUUACUGAGAGGCUCUCAGCAAAUAAAUGUUUGAUUUCGAAA